AUGAAACAUCUUCAGGAGAAUCUUUUUAAUGAAAUUGAUCUCUCAUCGGAAGACAAUGAAAGAUGGAAUGCUGCUGAAUUUGACAUGCCUUCUAAAUUCGGCAAGAUCAAUAACGUAAACAAGUUUGACGCACAAUACUUCGACAGCUCUUUUAUCGAAGCAGAGAUACUAGAUCCUAUGACUAGAAUGUUACUGGAACACACUUAUGAAGCAAUUGUUGAUGCUGGAGUUAAUCCUGAAGAAUUACGUGGUACAAAUACUGGAGUAUUUGUAGCUGCAUGUAAUUCCACGACAUUUGAUGCGUUAGUGUACACUAAAUAUAACUCUAAAUCGGUAUAA